CAGUUUACCAUGGAUGACAUGUUCUAAAAUGGUUGGUGAUGGCAACCAGAGAUAAUAAAAUCUUCGUGAUGUUCCUUCAGAAAGCGCUCGAAAAGAUCUUGUCUGACAGAGAAAUACGGAAAAACUAUAAUGCAGAAAUAAAAGAUGAGUGUGAAAAGAAGCUAAAAACUCUGAAAGAAGUCAGCAAGGCCCCCAAGUCUAAAGAUGGUUCCCACCACCUACCAGAAGCGGGUGUAAUACUAGCUGACGAUUACUUUAAACCCUUCCAGCUAGCCUGCCAGUCUCGCUCUCCUCGUAUUGUGAGCACUGCAUUGGACUGCUUGCAGAAACUAAUAGCAUACGGGCAGCUAACAGGUGACUCAUCAGACCCGGAGAACCCCAAUAAAAAGCUGAUAGACACAGUUAUUGAAACUAUUUGUGACGCGUUUCACGGAGUUAACACGGACCCUGACGUUGAGUUGCAAAUAAUAAAGGCGCUACUUACGGCAGUAACCUCGCAAACAUGUGAGGUGCACGAGAUGGCGUUACUAACAGCUAUCCGGUGUUGUUACAACAUUAACCUCUUCACAAAGAACAGUGUGAACAGUGCUACUGCUAAAGCUACCCUCACUCAGAUGCUUUCUGUCUGCUUCUCUCUGAUGGAACACAAUUCUGCUCACCUAUUGAAAAAGGCGGCUCCAGAGAUUGUAAAAACGUCUGCUGAAGGGACGCCAAGUAAAGAAGGAAGCAUGGUUAACGGUCACCAGGACGAUGCAUCCUCUGUGAAGUCACGUGAGGAGGACAAGACACGUGAUGACGUGCCACAACCAACUCAACCUGGGGAGAAUAAAAGUGGCGCAGCUGACAAAUCAAGUAGUGAUGACGAAGUAUAUAGAAUAUCUAGAUCUCUUGUUGAAGGGAUCAUGGAGGCAGCUCUUAAAGAAGUGAAGUGUGAAGAUGGAAUGUUGAAAGCAGACGACUCCAUGUUCAACGUCACCCAGCCCGGAGAGGAUGCCCAGCCCGGAGAGGAUGCGCAGAGUGAGCGCAGCGACGCAAACUGUUCGGAGAGUGUACAGAGCGAGAAAAUGGACGAUGGUCAGAGUGUCAGGAGUGAGAAGGCGGAUGGGAGCACUGAGAAGGAUGGUUCGACUGCUGAGACGACUGAGACAGCUGAUAACGAACAGAGAAAUGCGAAUCACAAUGCUGCACAGAAGAAGAGUGUUAAGUUCGACAAUGUGUAUAUGAGAGACGCGUAUCUAGUCCUCCGCACGCUCUGUAAGAUGACUAUGCAACCCAUGCCUGAGGGACCCAUUGAUCCCAGGUCUCACGAGAUGCGCAGUAAGAUGUUAGCUCUGCAACUUCUGCUGAGUGUUAUGCAGAACCAUGCUGGGCCCGUUAUGAAGACACAUAAAACAUUCGCUCAGCUCAUCAAACAGUUCUUGUGCGUUGCAUUGAGCAAGAACGGAGUAUCAACCGACCCUAGUGUGUUCGAGAUAUCCUUAUCCAUAUUCCUUAUCUUAAUAUCUAACUUCAAAUAUCACUUAAAGAUGCAAAUUGAGGUGUUCUUUAAAGACAUCUUCCUGUCCGUGUUAGAGAAUCCCUCCUACUCAUUCCAACACAAGUGGUUUGUCAUGAGAGCUCUGGCUAAAGUCUGUGCUGAUCCUCAGAUAAUAGUUGAUAUCUACCUGAACUACGAUUGUGACAUGGUCCUGGAUAAUAUCUUCGAGAGACUCGUUAACGACAUCAGCCGUAUUGCUCAGGGUAACCUAGCUGAUCACGGACUAACACCACAACAAGAAACCCAGCUGCAACAUAAAGGUAUGGAGUGUCUGGUGUCAAUACUGAAGUGUUUAGUAGAGUGGAGUAAGGAUAUGUACAGUCGACCUCACCAAAGAGCAGAGGAGAAGAAGACUGUUCCAGACACAGACAUUAAAGACACGAGCACGUUAGAAGAGAGGUUACUGGACACCCCGGACACGCCCCGCUCUAUUCCCCGCUCUACUUCAAUGAGCUCGCUAGCUUCAGCUGGUCUUUAUGAUAACCCUCAGGAGUUUGAGAAUAUCAAGAAACAGAAGAGUAUCUUAGAACAAGGAAUAGAGAAGUUUAACAAGAAGCCUAAGAAGGGUAUCGCAUUCUUACAAGAAGCUGGUCUGAUAGGCUCUAACACGGAGGAUGUCGCGAGGUUUUUCCAUACAGACGAGCGUCUUAGCAAGACCAUGAUUGGUGAGGUACUCGGAGACGAAUCCGAGAACUGCAAAAAGAUAAUGUCUGACUACGUGGACCAGCUGGAUUUCCAUGACAUGGCCAUAGUAACAGCACUCCGGACCUUCCUAGCGGGGUACCGGCUCCCGGGGGAGGCACAGAAAAUUGAUAGACUGAUGCUCAAGUUUGCUCAGAGGUAUUAUGAGAACAACCCGGAACUAGCGGAGAUAUUUGCUAGUGCGGAUACUUGUUACGUCCUGGCUUACUCUAUAAUCAUGCUCACUACAGACCUUCACAAUGAUCAGGUGCGGAACAAGAUCACUAAACCGGACUACAUAAAAAUGAACAGAGGUAUAAACGACUCCGGGGAUCUACCUCCUGACUACCUGAUGGCGAUUUAUGACGAGAUAUCCGCUAAUGAGAUUAAAAUGAAGUACGACAAGGGGGAACUUACUAGAGUCAACGCUGCUCGUGGAGCUAACGAGUCUCUGAAGCGUCAACUGUACAAGGAAGCAAUGACGGACCUUAGUAAGAACGCUCUGGUAAUGAUGGAGGGAGUUAGUAAGAAAGACACUGUCUUCACUUCAGCCUCACACUCUUAUCAUGUCAGGCCUAUGCUUAUGUUGACGUGGACCCCCUUCCUGGCGGUGUUCAGUAUAACACUACAGGACUGCAGUGAUGUGGAGUUGAUAGCUCAGUGUUUAGCUGGCUUCAAGUGUGCUGUCAGGGUAGCUUGUAUCUUCAAAGCCAGUUUGGUUCGGUCAGCCUACAUCCAGUCCCUAGCUCGCUUCACUAUGUUAAAUGUCAGCAGCGGGUUCAGUGAGAUAAAGCCAAAGAACCUGGAGGCUAUUAAAGCACUCAUUACUAUUGCCUUCAACGAUUGUAACUACCUCGAGGAGAGCUGGUAUGACAUUCUGAAAGUAAUAAGUCAGCUGGAGUUAGCACAACUUAUUGGUACAGGAGUAAAAACGAAGUUCUUGGAAAAGGAAACCAUGAUGGAUAAGAAACUAGUAACAUCACUGCAACAGACUCUGGGAACCAGCGCUAAUCAGAAUGUUAUUGUAGCAGUCGACAGGAUAUUCACAGGAUCUGAUCGGCUGGAUGGCUCGGCCAUUGUGUCUUUCACGGACGCGUUGUGUAAGAUAAGCUGUGAAGAACUGAACAACCCCGUGUCUCCACGGAUGUUCUCCCUUCAAAAGAUAGUGGAGAUUAGUUACUACAACAUGGGCAGGAUCCGUAUAGAGUGGAGUAAGAUAUGGCAUGUUAUUGGAGAUCACUUCAACAAGGUUGGUUGCUCUCCCAACGAAGAAAUCGCUGCGUUCGCUGUUGACUCUCUCCGGCAACUUUCUAUGAAGUUCUUGGAAAAGGGCGAGUUACCAAACUUCCGGUUCCAGAAGGACUUCCUCCGCCCCUUCGAGACCAUAAUGAAGAACAACGAAAAUAACCUGAUACGAGACAUGGUCGUGAGGUGCAUCGCUCAGAUGGUAAAUAGUCAAGCUCGCAACAUACGGUCGGGGUGGAACAACAUCUUCAGCGUUUUCCACAUGGCUGCUGCAGAUCGAGACCAAGCUAUUGUAGAGCUGGCCUUCCAAACUACUGCCAGCAUCUUCGAGCAAUAUUUCUCGGUGAUAGGAGACUCGUUUCAAGAUGCAGUAAAAUGUUUGUCAGAGUUCGCUUGUAACGCUGCGUUCCCUGACACCAGCAUGGAAGCUAUUCGGUAUAUCAGACGGUGUGCCAACUAUGUAGCCGAGAACCCGGAGCAAUUUGCGGGAGAUGAGAAUAACCUAGAGAAUGUGUGGGUGAAGGGCUGGUUCCCUGUUCUCUUUGAACUGAGUUGUAUUAUCAGCAGGUGCAAACUGGAUGUCAGGACCAGAGCCCUGACAGUAAUGUUUGAGAUAAUGAAGCACCAUGGUAAGGAGUACAAGGUGUCCUGGUGGAGAGACCUCUUUAACAUUGUGUUCCGGAUCUUCGACCACAUGAAACUCACGGAGCUUACUCCAGAGCAAUACAGGAUCCAGCGAAAGGAGUGGAUGACUACAACUUGUAACCACGCUCUCUACGCUGUUGUGGAUGUGUUCACUCAACACUUCUCAAUACUCGCUGAGCUCCUUGUUGAGCUCCUCAAUCUCAUACAGUGGUGUGUCAAGCAAGAUAACGAGCAGCUCGCUAAGUCAGGUAUGAACUGUCUAGAGAACCUGGUGAUGGGAGCUGGACAGAGUUUCAGAGAGGUUGACUGGGACCUCAUUAUAGACACCAUCACUGAUGUGUACGCUUCUACCUUACCUGCUGACAUGAGGAUAUGGAAACCUACUUUAGAUACUUCCUUCGAUCAGGUCUCGAUGCACAGUGACACCAGCAUGGAGCCAGAUAACACCCAACUAGCAGUGAGUAGAGCUGACAAGUACCUCUUCCAACAUCUGGAUAUAGGGUGCGUGGUCCACGCGGAGAUAGUCCAGACUAUUGACAACAUCAUCUUCUUCCCGGCUAGUAGCGCCAAGGAGGACGCUCAGAUUGAUCCGUACUAUAUCAGUGAGGGUAGUGAGCACGAGGGGAUGUUCAACUUCCUCACCACAAAACAGCUCUUCCGAAUAGUGGAGUGUCUCUUUGAGUCGCACAAGUUCUCAAAGGGAUUCAACAUGGACAUAGAUCAAAGGAGAAUACUUUGGAAAUACGGAUUUAAGGGGCGGACGUUGCCGGAUCUACAGAAGCAGGAAACGGCGAGUUUAUUGUGCUCCUUGCGGAUAUUACACAAGAUAUACAGUGAUAUGACAAGGGUUGACGAGUGGCCUAAAACAGAGAUAUACCUACACAGGUUAACGGUUGAAUCGUUUGAAUACUACACCAUGUUGGAGGAAGAUAAACGUAGGUUAAGUUGGGGCAAGAUUGUCAUGUUGAUGCUCAAGAAGAUGAUGUUGCUGGAUGACGACAGGUUUGUAGUGUUGCUGGCAAAGUGCUACAACCAGAUCUGUCACAUCCUCGCUCAAGAGAACGAGAGAGGUCUCCAGAUAGUACUCAGUAAAUUCUUCUUAAGAGCUAGAAAUCCGCUCUUCAAAACAAUUUCGUGACACCCUAGUAACUGUCCCUAGGUGACAGGCCCCUUGACAACGUCAUUUACAAUCUGUUGUAAUCGUAUCUGAACAUUUUUGGACUACUUGGAGUUACAUAAUAUAUGUUUCCUUAGGAGUUAGGUCCCAGCCGGGAGCUAAAGUCACUUCUCCAGGUGUUGUUUUCUUUUUUACUCCUCUUCUUUGUACUUGUUCCUCCAAUUCUAGGUAUUUUCAGCGGCUCUAACUUUUCAGUGACGAUUAUAAAUCACCCUUAACUGUAUAAACUGUUAGCUCUUAUUUGAACUAUCUCUUAAGGCUGAUGACUUGGCUGUCAGGGUAAACUUGUCUAACAUGUGAUCAUAUCUGCAAAGUGAUUGGUUAGGAAUUGUCACGUGUCAAAACGAGCAUAUCUCCCAUCUCGUCCGUGUCUGUGAAGUGGGUUAAUAAUGGGAAGUUGGGCGAUUGUUAGAUGUCGUAUCUGUGCGAGGUGACUUUUGUGUUCUUUAUAAUGCUCAUUUAACAGCUUGAAAUGGUGUGGCUACGAGAGACCGAAACUAAUCGUCCAAUUUUCCCCUCGACAAUUAAAGUCAGACGAUUCUUUAUGAAUAUGAAUUUUAUAAAACAUUAUAUUUAUGUUGAAGAAGGAUGCGUUUCUUUUAUACUUUUAGUGAAUGUUACAGUUUUUCAGGCAGUCGUUAAUAACUGAGCUAACAUAUGGUUGCAUGAUGCCCCAGAUAACAUUGGUACAUUAUCUAGUAUCUACGUGUUAGUGAUUGUUUUUAACCAAUAAAACUGAAUUUUCAGAAAACAUGAUUGUCUGGUUUUUCCACCUCUCGUGUUUGUCAUUAAGUUAACUAGUUUAAUAUUAGUAGUAAUAGUUUAUUAGUCAUCACAUGAACUCUCCGCUGUUCACAAUACUAAAAUUUGAUCUCCCGAGGUGAUUUUAAUCAGUGACACCCACUGAGCUCUCUUUAGAUCAGCGAGAUUAAAUCUGUUGGGCUGGUCCCAUUAAUAUUUGUUACUUAUCUGAUAUUAAUAAAUUAUUCUUCCCAAAGUGAAGUAUUAAUUGCAAGGUCAUUGUAAGUAAACAUAUCUGUAUUACAUUCGAAAGAUUGUUCAGAAUCUCGACUGUUGAUUGCCCCCUUUCUGAUGAUAAUGUAUUGCUAGUGGUGAAUAAAUCACCGUAUGGAUUGAUUGUAAUUUUGGGGAAAUGUUUCGAUUAGUUUAACUUUAAAACUUUGUGUUACUAUGAACUGUAGAUUGCGUUAUAUAGUUUAUGAUAUAAUUUGUUGAUUUCGCUGCACUUGA